CAGAUAUAGUGAAUGCGGGGUCCUGGGAGACCAGAUAUAGUAAAUGCAGGGUCCGGGGGUCCGGGGAGAGCGGAUAUAGUGAAUGCAGGGUUCGCGGAGACCGGAUAUAGUGAAUGCAGGGUCUGGGAGACUGGAUAUAGUGAAUGCAGGGUCCGGGAGACUGGAUAUAGUGAAUGCAGGGCCUGUGGAGACCGGAUAUAGUGAAUGCAGGGUCCGGGGAGACCGGAUAUAGUGAAUGCAGGGUCUGGGAGACUGGAUAUAGUGAAUGCAGGGUCCGGGGAGACUGGAUAUAGUGAAUGCAGGGUCCGGGGAGACCGGAUAUAGUGAAUGCAGGGUCCGGGAGACCGGAUUUAGUGAAUGCAGGGUCCGGGGAGAGCGGAUAUAGUGAAUGCAGGGUCCGGGGAGUGCUGAAAAACAUGGCAAAAUGCG